AUGAAGCGCGCGCGCAGCUCCGAGGGAUUCCUCGGCGUGAGCCGGCUGCGCGCGCGCCGGGGCCUGGGUGCGCCGCUCCUCGCCGCGGCGGCGUUCGCCUACCUACUGUUCGUGUCCGUCAAGCUCGGUGGCCUCGGCGGCGCGGUGCCCGCGCCUGCUGCCGUCGGCCGCCGCCUGGCCACCGCCGGCGCGGGCGAUCCGCUGCGGCGUCGGCGGGUCGAGGAGCCGCCUGCUCGCGCGAGGGGCGGUACGAGCGGCGGGGGCGUGUCCGGGUACGGCCGCAUCACCGGCGAGAUCCUCCGGCGGCAGGAGGCCGUCGGGGAGCGGCGGAAGCGGUGGGGCCGGCUGGGGAGCUCCACGGAGCUGGAGCGCGUGGCGGCCGAGGCGUGGGCGCUCGGGGCCGCCGCGUGGGAGGAGGCCUCCGCGUUCGCCGGCGACGUCGACUCCAUCGCCUCCCGCGAAGACGGGGAGGGCGCGGCCAAGUGCCCCGGCUCGCUCGCGCUCGGCGCCGGGGUGACCGCGGCGUUCCUGCCGUGCGGGCUGGCGGCCGGGUCCGCGGUGACGGUGGUGGGGACGGCGCGCGCGGCGCGGCCCGAGUACGUCGAGGCGCUGGAGCGGAGCGGCGCGGGCAACGGGACGGUGCUGGUGGCGCAGUUCGCUUUGGAGCUGCGCGGCCUGCGCGCCGCCGACGGCGAGGAGCCGCCUAGGAUACUCCACCUCAACCCGCGGCUGCGCGGCGACUGGAGCGGCCACCCCGUGCUGGAGAUGAACACCUGCUUCCGAAUGCAGUGGGGCAGGGCGCAGCGCUGCGACGGCACCCCUUCCAGAGACGAUGACCUGGUCGAUGGAUUCAGAAAAUGUGAGAAAUGGGAGCGGCAGGACAUGGUUGAGUCGAAAGAAACAAAGACAAGCUCAUGGUUCAACAGAUUUAUCGGGCGAGCAAAGAAACCAGAAAUGACAUGGCCAUUCCCAUUUUCAGAGGGGAAGAUGUUUGUUCUCACUAUCCAAGCUGGCGUUGAAGGAUAUGAUAUUAAUGUGGGAGGCCGCCAUGUUGCCUCAUUUCCUCAUAGGAUGGGAUUCACUCUCGAAGAUGCAACAGGUUUAGCCAUAACAGGGGGCAUAGAUGUUCACUCUGUAUAUGCAACAGCGCUUCCAAAGGCCCAUCCUAGUUUUUCUCUCCAUCAAGUCUUGGAAAUGUCUGAAAGGUGGAAGGCUCGCCCUGUCCCAGAGGAACCAAUUCAUCUUUUCAUUGGCAUCCUCUCUGCUACAAACCAUUUCGCUGAGCGCAUGGCUAUUAGGAAAACUUGGAUGCAGUUUCCGGCUAUCCAAUUGGGGAAUGCAGUUGCUCGGUUCUUUGUUGCGCUGAGCCACAGAAAGGAGAUAAACGCAGCACUAAAGAAGGAAGCAGAAUAUUUUGGAGACAUAGUCAUUCUGCCAUUUAUCGACCGGUAUGAGCUGGUGGUUCUGAAAACAGUUGCGAUAUGUCAAUAUGGGGGGCAAAAUGUCACUGCAGAUUACAUCAUGAAGUGUGAUGAUGACACCUUUGUGCGGCUGGAUAUAGUAUUGCAACAGAUCACUACCUACAACAGAACCUUACCUCUGUAUCUGGGCAACCUGAACCUCUUGCACAGGCCUCAAAGAAGCGGCAAAUGGGCCGUCACCUACGAGGAAUGGCCUGAAGCGGCGUAUCCCCCGUACGCCAAUGGACCUGGCUACGUUAUCUCGGCUGACAUCGCGAGAGAUAUAGCAUCUCGGCAUACAAAUCACUCCCUGCGGCUGUUCAAGAUGGAGGAUGUGAGCAUGGGCAUGUGGGUGGAGGACUACAACGCGAGCGCCCCUGUGCAGUACGUUCACAGCUGGAGGUUCUGCCAGUUCGGCUGCGUGGACAACUACUUCACGGCGCACUACCAGUCUCCUAGCCAGAUGAUGUGCCUCUGGGAGAAACUAUGCUCUUUGCAUAGCUCAAGCUCCAAUCUGAUGGAUUCUGAUGACAAGAAGUUUGGAAACGGGCCAAGGGAGCUCACUGGUGCUGUUGAUUUGAUCAGCCACUACAAACUGCUGCCACACCAUGAUUUCUUUUGCAAGAAACCUUUGCCACUGGCAAUAUCAGAUACACAUUAUCUUCACAAUGUUGUGGGAGACACUGAAAUUCGCAAAGGAGAAGGAAUGGAGUUAGAUCAACUUGUUCAGAAUGCAUAUAUGAGGGAUAAACCUGCUUAUAUUCAGCCCUUUGAUAUGGUAACACUGGGGCAAGCGUUCCAACUUCGAGAAACAGCUCCUGUGGAUUUGCCCUCUACUGAAAAGGGUAUACCGACUAUUUCGGGUAAACCAAAAAGUGAGUCCAAGGACAAAGAGAAGAAGCAUAAAAAGCACAAAGACAGAGACAGGGACAAAGACAAGGAACAUAAGAAGCACAAACAUCGGCAUAAGGAUCGGAGUAAGGACAAAGAUAAAGACAAAGACAAGGAUAAGAAAAAAGAUAAAAGUGGUCAUCAUGAUUCUGAUUCAAAGAAACAUCAUGAAAAGAAGAGGAAGCAUGAGGGAACAGAAGAUUCAGCGGAUGUGCAUAAGCACAAGAAGAGUAAGGAGACUGAUGGUUCAAACCCUGUGCAGAAUAGUGGGUGUCAUGAGUUGGAGGUCUUGAUAAGAACAUAA